AUGCAUAGAAGAAAGAGAACUCGAAGGAACAGAAGCACUCAUGAGCUACCACAACAUAUAAUACACAAUGAGAUACUCACUCGACUACCAGCAAAGUAUAUAGCGCGAUUCAGCUUGGUUUGUAAAUCCUGGAAAACUCUAUUCUCCACUCCUGAAUUCAUAAAUUCCCAUCGUCUACACUCCCAUUCCCACAAAGAUGAAGGAGAUUUUCUUAUAGCCAAGAAAGACCCUCUUGGCCCUGGAAUCUUCAUCUUAUCGCACUCCAGUGAAAAUCAGGUCCCUGCAGUUUCCGCUGCCUAUAAUCUCUUGCUUGGUUCUAUUCACGGAUUAGUCUGCAUGGCUUCUCUCACAGGAAAAGUGUUCUGUUUGUGGAAUCCGGUUUUGGGGAAAUUUAUGGAAAUUCGCCUUCCAUCUGAGCAUUCGGAGAAUUGUGAUGCACAGCUUCUCGGAGGAUUCAGCUGGGAUCAUGUGCAGAACGAUUAUAAACUGGUGGUGGUGGGUUACAAUCAUUCUACUGCAUCCUCCACAAGAUUUUCUGUUUACUCAUUCAAGUAUGGUAGUUGGACUGGAGUGCCAGUUAACCCUGAUCAUUCCAUGUUGUUUGUACCUAGUAACUUUAUGACACCUCCUAUUACUAUUGUAAAGGGACUUCCUUACUGGGGCUGCAUAACAUAUUUUCUUUUGCCCGGAAUGAGGCGUAGGCGUAAAUUCAUCUUCGGAUACAAGUUUGUGGCUGCAAGUAAUGAGUUCACAAUGUUGCCAUAUUUGGAUUCGGUCAGAAUUCGCGGCAAAGAUUUCAAGUUUGUCAAUAUCAAGGAUUGUUUUGUUGGGUUGGCGUAUCGAGAUAACAUGGCUGAUAUCUAUUCUCUGGACAACGAGUCUUUUGAUCAUGGUGUUUGGAGUAAGAUUUAUACUAUUGGACCCAUAAAUAAUUCUCUUGAAGCUCUGUGGCCUUCCAAUUGUUUUGAGAAUGGUGGUGACAAUUUGGUUGCUUGUCCUAUAGGCCCGGUGUAUAUCUGUGAUCCCAAAACAAAGAAAACUGAGGUGCUCAGGUGUGAGCAUAAGAGCAAGCAUUCUGUCCCCAGAAAGUGUAGCACUUAUAUCCCAGCUUUGAUCCUCAGAUUGUGUUUCAGUUAUAUGCCAACUUUGGUUUGUGUUCAAGGAAUGAAGACAAUGCAAGAAUUUUCAGUUGAGGAAUCAAAGAAGCUAACCUUGGAAUCAGACAGAAGUUGUUGCUGA